AUAUGAAGCAAAUUUAGGUUUGGAAAUCGCUUUAUCCAAAACGCUCACUCGCUCUUGACUCAGUCUGACCCGACAAUUUAGGGAAGAUGGCGACCAUGGUUGAUCGGAGGAUCUCGACGCUGAAUCCUGACGCGCCGGCGUUCGAUCCGGUGGCAUUCCGUGAGGUGGAGGAUUUCUCGCCGAAGUGGUGGGAGCUCGUGAGGACGUCGAAGUGGUUUCGUGAUUUUUGGCUGAGUUUGAACUCGGAGGAUGAGUUCGAAGAUGGUGGAGAGUUUUCCGAUGUGGAGGAGCUGAUCAUGUUGACCGAAGUGGAGGAGACGGACAGAUCAGCUGGUGAGGUAAUGAACGACCUGGUAAAAGAUGUGAAGACUUUGCUAAGAGUGCCGGAAACGUGCGAGUCUCCAGGAGGGAAGAUUGACAGAACGACAGUGUCUUGCCCCAGGCAUUUUUACCACACAAAGCCGACAAAGUAUGCGAAUCCCAACUCCAUUUGCCGACGUAACCAUCACAUCUAUCAGCCGCGUUGAAGAAGAGAAGCCGGAGAUUGGGUUUAAGGGGCGGUGUCAUGUUUCUGCUUUGACGUGUUUGCGUUUUAGUUCAUCUGACUGGUUCUCUGUUGUCUUUUAGCCUCUUUCCAAGAACCUGUUAGUUGUGUCUCCUGUAAAUAUUGUCUAGUUCGGGGUUUUAACCGCUGUAAGGAUAUGUCCUGACAUGAAAUGGCCCAUUUGAAACGCUCCGUGUUUGUAGUCAGAUGUUGGAUGUAUCGAUAUCUGGUUUCUGUUUU